AUAGGAUUGAGUUUAAUGCAAUGUGAGUAAAUGAUGUUUCAUUACUGUGUCUUAGGGUGGUCUACAUUGCUAGCAUCACCGUGACCCAUUUGGCACAGAUACUUUUUGGAUGCUUCCCAUCUGGAGCCACUCUGCAGCUUUGAAAAUUGACAAUAAUUUAAGAUGUUGGUUAUAGAGGCUAUAAAAGGUGCUAAGAACUGCUACAGAUAAUGGUUGACCACCAGUUUCCAACAAACCUCACAUCACCAUUCAUGGCAAAGAAAGGAGAUUUUCAAGAUUCAGCUUCUAACAUCAGUGGUGAUGAGUCAGUCUUUCCCGCAAGUACAUUAUCAGCACACAGUGAUCUGGAAUCCUGUUCUGACAUGACUUCCUUAUUUCUGACGACUGCUCCAUCAACAAUUGGUUCAGGUUGGUUAGAUGAGAGUGGGUUUUAUCUGUCAACUGGUUAUAAGAAUGUAAGAGACACUGUUGACUUUGCAAAGUGGACAAAACAUGAUGAUACAGAUAUCAGUUCAUCAAGAUCCCGGACCCCUAGCCCAGGUAUUAGUAAGAUGCUCCUAAGCUUGUCUGACCAUCCUGUGGAAAGACCAUGUUCCCCAAAUGCUUCGUCAUUGUACAGAAACACCAAAACACACUGCAACCCAUCAGAGCUUGGAAAACAGACUUAUGAUGAAUGUAUGAAAUUCACGAGAUGGGCAAAUGCAUUUCUUCAGCACAGCCAAGAUCAGUUUUUAAUCACUGAUUUGGUGAGAGACUUGGGAGAUGGCAUUACCUUGUUAAGCUUGGUUGAGAUGUUAGUUGGGGAGUUUCCUCCUCAAAUACAUAUAAAGCCAGCACUAGAUGUGCAGAAGAUGGAGAACAUUCAGACUUGUCUGGACUUUUUGGAGCACUAUGGAAUUUCUGUCAAUGGAGUCACUGCAGAUGAUAUUGUGAGCGGAAAUCUCAAAGUUGUGUUGGCUUUAUGUCAUAGUCUUUACAGACACGCUGGCUCAAAUGGAGUAAGUGAUCCUCAAAUUUCUCAUUUGGUGGACAAUGAUGAAUUGUCACUGUUAAGCUGGGUGGCAAAGGUUACUGGCAAAGAUGUUGUUGAUUAUGGGAGUUUUCAAGAUGGCACAGUGUUAUGUUUGCUAUUAAACAAGAUUAUUGAAGGAGCUAUUCCAAGCUUGGUUUUAGAAUAUGGCUCAACGUCUGAAAAACUAAGCCUUGCUUUAAAAGUUUCUGCCGAACAGCUACUUGUGGGACUCAGUCUGAAAGCAGAGAGCAUCAUAGAUCAAAGAUGUCGAGAACAUUUCAUGGAGUAUUUGAAAUCGUUGUAUCGAGUGUAUAAAAACAAAUCCAACAAGGCGUUUGAUGCAUUUGAGCAGAGGAACUCAAGAAGGGAGCACAAAAGGCAGUUAAUUAGAGAACAAAAACUUCGCGCUGAGAGGUGUGGCUCUGAUUUGACUUAUCUUGGAGAACUUAGCCAAGAUAAAUCCCGUAUUGCACGGGAGAAAUUGCAGGUUUCUCUGGCUAACGCCUCGAAGGGUGUGUCAAGCAGUGAAGGUGUAAUAAGCCCAAGAGGGCUGAAGAGCCUUGAAAACGACGAUUUGAGUGCUGUAACGUAUGGAUCCCAUACCUUAUCUAAAAAUGGAGUUCUAAACAACACUAAACGGAAGCUGGAUGAUUUGAAAAAAGAACUGGAACUUUUGAAGGUUGAACUACGAGAGGAUAACAAUGAAAAGCGCUGCGAUCGAAGUUACUUAAGGUCAGAUUCUCCCUUCCGAGAUUAUUUCACGAGUGGACGUGGAGAACCAAUUUCGCGAAGUAAGCAAGCGAACACCAGAUUAGAGCUUAGGCAUGUUUUUCGUGGACAAGGAGGCACAUCCGUGGGUGAGAAAACUCAGAAAAAUGGUCAUAACAGUGACGUAGCUGUAGAAAUAACUACAAAGAUCGGUGAUGCUGAUUCUAGUGACGAUAAACCCCUUUUUACUGCGUGUUACCUUGGAAACUUUCCAAGGAGCUUUGAUGAUUCAAGUUCACGAGGAGGACUUGGUCAUGCAAGUGAUGGUACGAGUGUCACACUCAAAGACAUGAUUGAACAACCUCUAUCCUCCAUUCACGAAGUAACUAGCACUUCUUUUUUCGAGGACCACCCUAAAUCAGUGUUGCCUUCACAGACAAGUAGUAGACUGCAUCUUGAUAAACCCCAUGCUGUGGAAACUAAAGAAAUUAGCAACUUGUUCGAUGUCGACUUUGGUAACGUGGAUGAGAACAAGGGUGGCGAUCGGGAAACAUCUGUUUUCAAGAGGAUGCUUAGAGCUGGAACUGAGACAAAACCAGGAGAACGUAAUUUACGCGAUGAUCUGGAUAGUCAGACUGUGUGUUCCGUGAGUCAAGGGAAUUUUAAACCAGGUGCUCUAGCGAAAACGUCUUUAGCGAAGCCUCAUAGAGAGCAGGAGAGAUACAAGGUUUUGGAUAAAUCGUUUGGUUUAUCACCUUCAAUUAAGCCAGUUCAAUACGAAGAAAAAGUACCCAUGAGGGAGAAAACCUCUAUGGAUGUGGCUACGAAUGGCACCACCAGAAAACAAGUAAUAGUUCCUCAAAGGACUCUUUCAAAAGACAAACGCCAUAGUGAACAAGUUGUAGCCAAGAAUCCUGCCAAAAGUGUCCAGGCACCAUCGUCUAAAUCACAUCUGCAUGCACUUACUGCGCUCAUACGGAUGAGCGCUAAAAAUGCCAGCGCUAUGUUUGACGAGGAGCCUUAGUGAACCGUUUCGAUAUAAAGUGCUGAUUAUUAGUUAUUAUUAAUUUUUACAUUUUCAUCUUCGAAUAUUCUGGUUGGUUCACUUAACUCCGGUUAUCAUUAUCAUUGAUAACUUCCGUUAUUGUUAGCUUUUUUUCCCUCAGCACUUUAGUGGUACGAAUUUCAUUUCGUUCAUAAUCAGGACAUUGUUUCAGGGUUCUCAAAAACAUUUUGAGUAAGCGGACGGUGCAGUACUAAAGGUCGAAGACCCUCUGCGGGCAAAGGCUCCUGGAACCACAAGCAUUCGAAAUAGCCGGCGCAUUUUUCAGAUUAGAAUGAAAAGUACCUUUUGACAACCCUGACAUUGUUCUAUAAUUGAUUAUUUUUAAGUUCUCCACACAACUGGUCAGUUGUUAGGUGGCUCAGUUCUGCUACUGCUUAGUCUGAUUCAGCCCACAGCACGCAUUUUCUCAGAAGCUGCUCCAAAAGAUAUUUUUUUAUACAUCAAGUCGAAAAAUAAAUGGUUACUUUUCUGUAAAAUAUGACUAAAGAGAAAUUCUUACGUAUUUAUAGAGGUUGAGAAGCCAACAGCUAUUUUAUUAGUAAUUAAAACUGUACAUUACUAUACAAACCCCCGCAGACUUAAAAACAUUUUUCAUGUCCUCUAACGUCAUUUUCAAGUUAAUGUGGCAGGUUAAAAUAGCGUCUUUGCAUAAUUUGAAAUUUUUUUCU